ACCAACGUGUGUGUGACGUCACGGGGUCGUUUCCGCUGCGGAAGCCGCCGCCGUUUGUAAACAAAGCAGGUCAGCGGCAGCAGCAGCGGGUCUGAUGGAGGUCUGAUCAGAGCCGAGGUGAACCCGGUCCCGUUCAGCCGACAGUCCGUGUGAUGGAGCGCCGCUGCGACUGAGUCGGAACCAGCAGCAACAUGUCUAUGGAAGACCCGUUCUUCGUCGUCAAGGGAGAGGUACAGAAGGCAGUGAACGCAGCUCAGAGCCUCCAUCACAGAUGGUGCGAGCUGCUACAGGAGGGGGGCGGAGCCUCCAAGGAGGAAAUGGACUGGACGACCAAUGAGCUGAGGAACAGCCUGCGUUCCAUCGAGUGGGACCUGGAGGACCUCGACGAGACCAUCAGCAUCGUUGAGUCCAACCCAAAGAAGUUCAACCUGGACGCAGCAGAGCUGUCGAAAAGGAAAGCCUUCAUCACCAGCACCAGACAGACUGUCAAGGAAAUGAAAGAUCAGAUGUCGAUUCCAGCUGCUGCCUCAGUGGACAGAAAGAACAAACAGGCUCUGCUCGGCGAGCGUGGUGCUCAGGGUCCGAUCUGGCAGCCUGAUAAAUACAUCCGACUGGAUCAGCAACUGCAGAAGGCCAACACUCAGUUUAUAGAGGAGCAGCAGGGCCAGCAGCAGCUGAUAGUGGAGCAGCAAGAUGAACAGCUGGAGCUCGUGUCAGGAACAAUCGGAGUCCUGAAGAACAUGUCGGAGAGGAUCGGCAUGGAGCUGGACGAACAGUCUGUGUAAGAACUUUCACCACCCUUUAGAGCGAUGAUCACAGAGAACCCUCGAUGUUUAAAAUGUGUCUCCAACA